CACGCCACCUCUAUCUAAAGCGAACCCCGAAAUGAACCCAAAAGCCAAGAUCCAAAAGCCGUAACGGAUCCCUAACGCCGUUAACUCCGCCGCCGCCGCCGCCGCCGCCGCCGACGUAGAGCUCGCCGGAGACGAUGGACGGCGCCGCUAGCUGGGAUGCCCUAGAAUGGACCAAGAUCGACCCGGUGUCGAGGGGGCACGGGAUGGAGGGGUUCCUGUUGGAGGCGGAGGAGGUCAUCGUCCAGGGUCACGGUGUGGUUCUACUAAAUACAAAGGAAGCAGGCACCCUGUCAGUAACAAAUUUUCGUCUUCUUUUUGUGAAUCAGUUAACGCAGGGUAUAAUUGAACUUGGUACCAUACCAUUGGCAACGAUUGAGAAGUUCACUGAUGAUGUGAAGCUUCCUUCUGCCCCUCGGCAAUCUGAUAAGAUUCAACCGCGCGAGCUUCUUCAAGUUAUUGGUAAAGAUAUGAGAAUUAUACUGUUUGAUUUUCGGCCUAGAACUAUGCAGAAACAUGCAGUUGUCGACGCUUUGCGGAAAUACACAAAACCCACACAAUUGUGGGAUUUAUAUACAUUUUCUUGUGGUCCUUCCAAGUUUAGUAAUGCCAACCCCCAGUUGCGAUUGCUGAAAGAAUAUUAUCGACUUCUCGGGAAAAAUUUCUUGCAUGCAAGUAGCAGAAGGCAAGCUGAAUCAUUGUCAGUAUCUAACAAAUGUUGGAGAAUUACCACAAUAAACUCUAACUAUACAUUAUGUCCAACUUAUCCUUCUGCUUUGCUGGUACCAAAGAGUAUCAGCGAUGAAGAAGUACAACAGGCUUCUGCAUUUCGCGCGGGUAGAAGGUUGCCUGCAAUUUCGUGGUGUAAUCCUGGGACUGGAGCUGUUCUUGCACGUUCGUCUCAGCCACUUGUUGGUCUCAUGAUGAAUCUUAGAAAUGAUGCAGAUGAGAAACUUGUAGCUGCACUUUGUACCGAAAUGAUUGAUGGAUCUCGGAGGAAGCUCUAUAUUGUUGAUGCAAGGCCUAGAGCUAAUGCAUUAGCAAAUGGAGCAAAGGGAGGUGGCUCAGAAUCUUCAUCUAAUUAUUUCCAAUCUGAGGUUGUCUUUCUAGGGAUAGGUAACAUUCAUGUCAUGAGAGAAAGCCUCUCUCGCCUCAGGGAGUAUGUUGACACAAAUGGCACAACUUCAUCAGAUGGAAUGUCAUCAUUCUUGAGAAAUGGUGGGUGGACUUUGGGUGGAGGAAACCUUAGUAGCAUGUCUGCUUCUGUUUCCACACUAGGAGUCAGCGGCUGGUUGAUCCAUGUACAGAGUGUGCUGACAGGAGCUGCAUGGAUUGCUGCGCGGGUUGCUCUAGAAUCAGCCUCAGUUCUAGUCCAUUGCAGUGACGGAUGGGAUCGAACAACUCAACUUGUCUCGCUUGCUGGCUUAAUGCUCGAUCCUUAUUACCGGACGUUCAAGGGAUUUCAGGCUCUUGUUGAGAAAGAUUGGCUCGCAUUUGGUCAUCCUUUCUCUGAUCGAAUGGGAAUUCCAACAGUCUCUGAAAUUAGUAGCGGUCCCUCGGAAUUAUCCAGGCAAUCUUCGCUCGGGAGUCUAUCGGGUUCACCAAUGUGGAAUACUUCAGGAUCCGGAUCGUCAUCAUCUACUAGCGGUUCUACGCAUGGACAGAUGUCAAAUAACUAUUCUCCUAUAUUCUUACAGUGGGUGGAUUGUGUUGCGCAGUUGCUUCGGUUGUACCCCUGUGCAUUCGAGUUCUCUUCUACAUUUCUGGUUGAUUUUCUGGAUUGUGUAUUGUCUUGCCGCUUCGGAAACUUCCUAUGCAACAGUGAGAAGGAGAGACAACAGAUCGGUAUUUCAGAUGUUUGCGGGUGCUUAUGGAUGUACUUAGCCGAUCUGCGUGCUUCUGGGGGAAGCUCCCAUGUGCAUUUCAACAUAUUUUACGACCCAGCAAAGCAUGACGGUCCGCUAAAGCCGCCUGCUGCCACCCUGGCCCCCACAAUCUGGCCCCAGUUCCAUCUCAGGUGGUCGUGCCCUUCCGAAUCGCAAGGCGGGGAGCUCGAAUCUCAAUGGCGCGCCUUGUCCAAAAACUACUCUGAGUUGGCAAAGGCAAAGGAGAUGGCGGAAUUGAGGGCCCAGGAUCUAAAAAUAAAAAUGAGCUCAUUAAAUGCAGAACUACAAAAGGAAAAACAGGCUGGCUAUUCCGCCCUAGCCAUCGCUAAAAGAGCCUGCAGGGAGAGCCUCGCCAUUAGAAGGGCACUUCAAUCGCUCGGGUGCAAAGUCCAUGUCUCAAACAACGGUGAGAAUCCGAUCGACCAAGUGAACGCACUACUCGAUAAAAGGGAAAACCUAUCGCAUUCGUUCCGAAGAGAUUCCAUCGCUUCUCAUCAGCAGCUCGAUGAAAAGGACGAUUUCUCAAUAACGAUAUCAGCUCUUGAGGAUAGCCCGAUCUCGGAUGAUCCGAAGAUAAACCGGGUUUGCGAGUCGCUGUGCCCAUUCAGGACGCGAGAAGGUUGCAAGUGGCCGGAUGCUAACUGCGCGCAGCUCGGGAGCCAGUUUGUUGAGUUGAAGGCGGAUUUUGAUGCGUUCGAUCGGUUGUCGAUUUACGAAUGCUAUUUCGGCACGGACUAAGGAACUUUUGAGGGCUACCCUCAACUUUUCUGCAGUUUCAUGAGAAAAAAAGAGUUGGUGCAUAAAAGAAAAUGCAGCAAAACACCCCUACAUAUUUAUCGCUAUUUUCGCGUCGCCUACGGAGUAUAUAUUCGUAGGGGGAUAUCUUGCGUUGUUGCAUUGUAAAAGUCGCCGCAUAUCAUAUUCGAAUCAGUUCCGAUGCGGAUCGAAGGAAUUGGCAGUGGACAAGUAGAAGUUCGAACCCAGGGCUUAAAAUUGCUGUUUUGAGCCCGCCGAGGUAUCUGACAUGCAAUGAGAUAUCGACAAACUCCAGCAAAAAUUAGGGUUUAGGAGACAAUUUUUGAUUGUAUAUAGGAUCCAAACUUACUGUGUAUGAAGCAGGAAUGAUUGAGCGAAUAAUUUUUGUUUGUUGGAUUUUUAUGCAAAUAAAUUAACGAAUAAAAAGGUAUUGUGGGCAAUAGAUUUUUCUCCUCGUAAACUAUGAAUUUGUUUUUUAAUUUAUUUUUAAUA